UGAAGUCAAUAAAUUUUUAUAUACUCGCAGAGGCAGCGGAAUUACACGAACCAAUAGAUAUAACGGAGGGUUCCCUAACGAGCGGCGCGUGUCGAACAAACAAACCUAAAGCGCGUCUGUUAAAUAUCCCAUUUCUCAAUCUCUAAAACGGCGUUGGCCGACGUCGUUUCGCAAUUGUGUUUCAGAGAAUUGCUUUCUUCCAUUCCGCUCCCCUCUCAUCGUCCAGAGCAAAUCCUCUGUAUACAUGUAAUACGUACAGAUUUUUGUAUGUAUCGAUUUAUACAUUCAUCGGAGCGCUCUACAGUCGUGUGUGCGUGUGAAAUGUGAAUGUAUCGAGAUUACAUACCCACCCCCUUUCCUCAUGGUUGGUUCAAGGAGAAUUAGGAACAAAGAUUUGCGAGGAAUUUAAACCCUAAUUUUUCUUGGUUGCGUGAAGCGUCAACGUUUCGAUCAAUGGAGGAUCGUACCGUAUGUUGCGAGUUUUUUUCGGUUUGUUUUUGUAAAUGAAGAGCACGGCAUAGCGAUUGUUGAGGAAUUAGGGGUUCUGUUGUUGUAUGAUUUACGGCAUGGAGAGAGCAAUAUGUCCGAUUUUGUGCGGGUCAAUGUUGGCUGGGUAGAUCAGUUAACUGAACUGACGCUUUUCGUCGUUCUCUGUGGUGAUAUGCCUUCGAUUUUGAUUUUGUUUUUAACCGUAUCUGGAAUCUCCAACGAAUUAAUUUGCUCGGUGAGGUGAGUGUCCGUUUUGGUUAUGGGAAUACUUUCUUAGGUUUUUGUAUUGGAAGCGUUCUAGGCUGCUCCGGAUUUGAUUGAAUUCGAGAAAUUGUGGAAAGUGUGUGGUUUAGAUCGUGAGGAAGUUAUUCUUCUGUGCAAACUUAAGAAUGAGCUUAGAAAAGGAGGAGUGUAGGUCCUCUGAAGACGGUUCCGAGAAAUUUGAUGCGGCUAUAAAGAAGCCAAAAUUUUCGUAUGACAGAGAUUUCUUGUUUUCUUUGCGUGAUUUGGAUGUCUGCAAGAAGCUGCCCAAUGGUUUUGAUGAAUCUCUGCUGAGUGAGUUUGAGGAUGUGGGGCAAAGCAUACCAGAUCAAUCAAGAAUUCCUGGGAGUCAUUCGCUACAGGGCUUCAGGCGAAACCAGUAUGGAUCAUCUCCACCAACUCGCGGGGAUUCUAGUAAUUAUUCUAGAAGCACUUAUGGAAGGAGCGACAGUGAUUCCCAGUCUGAACGCGAGUCAGACUCUGGAAGGCGCUAUGGGCAUCCAUCUCGAAGGUCUUGGCAGACUACUGAACAGGAUGGACUACUUGGUAGUGGUUCAUGUCCAAGACCACCAGGACAUGUUUCUGGUGUUUAUGCCCCAAAGUUCAGAGUAAAUGGCGAUCAUCACCUCAGCAAGAGCAAUGAGCCAUAUCAUCCACCACGGGCGUACAAGCCAGUACCAUAUUCACGACGAGAUACAGACUCAUACAAUGAUGAAACCUUUGGUUCAAUGGAGUGUGAAAAUGAGGACAGAGCACAGGAGGAAAGGAGAAGAAGAGCUUCUUUUGAGAUGAUAAGAAAGGAACAGCAAAAGGCUCUUCAGGACAAGCAAAAGUUGAAUUUGAAGCAUAAUUCUGCCAUUAUCUCCAAUCUUUCUGAGGUAUUGGAGGAUAAGAAAGAGGAAAUGGGAUCUGCUUCUGGGCAAAAGGAGUUGGAGGGGUCUUCUACAACUGUUGUCGUAAGCAACAAUCUGGAUACAUCUUUUUCUUUGCAAGCAUCAGCAUCCAGACCGCUUGUUCCUCCUGGUUUCCGCAAUGGUAUACUGGAAAAGGGUUCAGGGUUGAAAUAUCAAAGUCAAACUCUAUCACUAGAGGAACAGAAACCUGUACCUGGGAAAAGCCUUUUGGAUCCUAAAAUUAGCCUUGUUCCAGAUAAUGGAAGUGCUGGUUUGGAGCUGAAUUUAUCUCAAGGUAUGAAUGCAGUUAAUGAGCAUCCCUUGCAGAGAGCCUCCCCUUUGGAAAAAGGGGAAAAUGAGAAGUCACUCUAUUAUUCAGAUCUGCAUGUCAAGAAAUCUCUUCUGGAGGAUCAAGUGGUUCAUGCUUCCAGUCGUUUAGAUUCUCAUGGAAGCUUGGAUGACCCUGCAAUCGUUGGGCUCAAUGCUAAUGCAUUGGAGGGCAAAACUUCCGCUGAUGGCAAUAGCAAAUUUUCAACUUCGCUACUGGAAAAUAUAUUUGGUGGUGCAUUAUCCUUAAGCAACCAUGAUGGUUCUAAUAUAACAAAGUUUCAUCAUAUUAAACCUGAUGACACACGGAGCUCCAGCUCUACACAAACAUCAAAGCUUUCCCACUGGUUUCCUGAAGAAGAAUCGAAGCCAACGGAUGAUAGCUUGUUUGGAGGGUCAAAUGACUUGUUAUCUUUAAUAUCCAACCGUGAUAAAGAUCAAUGUCAAGCUUCCAACUCUGAAGCAGAUGACUUUCGGCUUAAUUUCUCCUUAGAGAAAUCCAAUAAACUGGCAAUUGAAUUGCCCCCAGUGGUGCUUGGGAUCUCGAACAAGACAUCUAUUGAUAAGAAAGAGGAGAGCAUUUCCAAUGUCAUAACAUGUGAGGACCUUGAACAAUCAAUGCUGACCGAGUACAGUGCCAAUAGUAUUAACAACAAACCACCCUUCUCUGAAGACUGGGAUACUACUGAUCUACGUACUGAGCAAACACGUGAACAUGUUGAUGAUCAUGCAUCCCUACAUCUACUCUCUCUGCUGCAGCAAGGAUCAUCAGAUCAGAAGCAUAUGUCUGUGAACUCUGAUGCUGGUUAUAAUUUGGAAGAUAGACCUCCAGCUUCUCAGGUAGAUGGUACGAACACGUCAGUCCACGAGCAUAAACAUGAAGAGAAUGAAAAUAGUGUUCAUAAUUCAGGAAAGUCAAUUACUCUUGAAAAGCUAUUUGGAUCUGCUUUUAUGAAGGAGCUGCAAUCAGUUGAAGCACCUAUUUCUGUCCAAAGGGAGUCGACUGAAGCUGAUGCUCCAGAGCCUCUUAGGUUUGCAGAUAAUAUAGUUUCUUCCCCAGCAACUGAUAUCGGUGGCCUCCAAGGGCUUUUCGCUUCAAAUGAUAGACAACAUAUGAGGCCGGGCGUCGGUGAAAGUUUGCUUAGCUUAGAUGGUCCUGUUCGCGGUACAAUCUCAUCAAACAAUGGUCUGGAGGAAGUCCCCAUGCCUGAUGGGUAUGGAACUGCGGAAUUACCGCCUUCUGAAGCAAAAUAUUUAAAUCAUCAGAUGUUGAAAUUUAUGCCUGCUCAUAAUUCUAUGCCCAAUCCAGACUUUUCUUCAAAUUUAACUGUCGACAUGCUGGAGAAAUUGGCAGGUAUCAAUACUGUUAAGGAUGAUCGGUUUGUGGAUUCAGAAAAUGUCCCCUUUCCACAUCUGCCUUAUCAGAACCCGAACCCUCAACAUCCCUAUCCUGGUCUCCAGGCACUGCGACCGUCGCCUCAGUUUCAGCAUCCACAAAUGUCUCAAAUGAGGCCGUUACAUCACAGCUUUGAGUCUCCGCAUGCUCACAUGAGUUCCCAAAUGGAAAUCUUUGGCCGGGACCAUAUGUUAGAUCACUACUUACCAGUCAACCACCAAGUUCCUCCAAACAUGAUCCGGAAUCCCCUUCAUCCUUCAAAUAUCAGGAUAAUGGGACCAGAUGCUCAGUCCCUGGCUUCAAUGCAGCAUCAGAUGCAAUUAUCUGGUAACCACAGUCAUUUGGUACCCGAAUUACAAUGGGGUGGCCACAGCCCGGUUCUCCAUCCUGGCAACCAAGCAGCUAAUUUCAGACGGGACAGAAACAGUGUGCCAGGAUUCCUUCCUGAGAACUACCGACCAAACAUUCGUGGCCCUGGAUUGCCAAUGCCAGGUGCCGAGGGUAGUCCUCCACCGGAGUUGUUCCAAAGACUGAUGGGCGGCAGCGGCAUGGGAGUGGAAGCCAAGCAUAGCAACAAUAAUAAUAAUAAUAAUACUGGUGCUAUUCAUGAUGGUUUUCAGUUCAGAUAUGGCUAAAGCUUAGCUUAGCUUGAGGUAAGUUGAUGAUGGCAUGCUCUGCUGCUGCAAUCGACCUUGUUGAUUUUACUUGCAUUCUUUCUUUCUUUUAUCUGAGAGAGAGAGAGAGAGUGAGAUAAUUAUGAUGGUACGGUACUCUAAAUACAUAUAUCUCUGCCAGAAUUAUUCACAGCCACUGUUGGUUCCUUCCUUGUUUUUUUUUUAUUUUUUGUCUGUAUAUUCUGUUCGACCAGGCCCACUUUCAAUCUUCUCUAGCUCUUUCUUGCAUUUC